AUGGAACACUCUCGGGUCUUUGCAAAUCGUGACAUCCAAUUUAUGUUCCAAAAAGAAGGCCAACCUUUGUAUAUCAUUGGGACGAGAGGCAUCAAAAAUGCUGGAGAUUCUGCAACUUCGACUGGAUUUGACUGGAGGCUUGGAGUAGCAGCCAAGGGUGUUCGAGACGAAGGAAUGCAUUCAAAUCAAGAACACUCUUUUCAACCACACCGUGACGCGCUGGCUACCAUUUUGCGCUCGAAAAAGUCGCUAUCGGAAGCUUUCGGUGGAUGCAUUGUUCCGCGUAAUACACGUAUCCCGACAUCAGCUAGUACGACGUCUUUGAACGGCCGGGUUUCUCGCUCUGCGAGGAACCUUAGUUUCCUCGGUAUUCGGAAGUAUUUCCAUAACCUCGCAAAACACAAUCGCGAGUUUUCGGUUUCGUGUUCUUCGCGUGGUUCAGCGCAGACGUUGCUUCAGAAACCGAAGGAAGUGAAUAUCCCAAUAGAAGAUUAUUAUUCCGAAAACCAGGCCCCUCUUCCGCCUUCUCAACGCUCUGACUGGCGGUUAAGAGCCACUUCGCGUACCAACCGUAUCAACGGUCAACGGCACGCGAGAUAUAUCAGACGUGUGCAAGAGGGAGAAUCAUUUUUCGAAGAGAUUCAAGCAUACAACAAACAUUUUUUAUCCUUACUGGAGCUUGAACAAACCGAGGACGAGGCGGUUCUGAGGGAACGACUGUCUACUUGGUCGUUAUUUCGAUUGCAAGAAGAAGGGUAUGCAAUCACGGGUCUUUCGGCUUUUUGGAUGGGCGCCCCAAAGUUUGGACGUCCUGUGGCUUCAUUUUCUCUCGGUCCUGGCAUCGACUUGCCAAAAGAACAUCGGUUUGAGAACGGUACCCAAGUUCUUGUUUCGAGGCUCGACCCCGUUCAAGAGCCGGCGCGCCGAGGAAGCGUCCUUAGCAAGACUGCGUCGCAACUGCGCAUAGCAUUCGAGGAAAAGUUCGAUGUUGAUGAAGGCUGCUGGCGCUUGGACAUUGGACGCUCCAAUAUCGUGUUCAUUCGUAUGCGAGAAGCCAUUUCACGAUUCAGUCAAGACCCGCAAGCGCUACAACGAAAUGAUUUACUCUCCUCUCCAGACAAUCAGUUCAUUCUUCAUGGAACACAUUUGCGAGACGUGUUGUUGCGUUCGUUUUCGCCGGAUAGACCACAACUACAUGUACCGUUGCAAAAUCCGGAUGAGGUCAGGUACGUUCCUCGAGGGAAACUCGAGCAUGACAGCCGCGAGGUGCGAGAGCAUGGAGGCGCGUUCAAAGAUGACAUGCACAUUCAAAGCUGGGCAAGACGAUACUCGCGGAUUAAUCCAAUUGUCAUUGAUGGCGAUCCGGUCAUCGAGGGUUUAAAUGCCACGCAGAUUCGAGCCAUUGCCAUGAUGAUCGGCGAACGGAUCAGUCUUGUGCAAGGACCGCCUGGUACAGGCAAAACGAAAACGAUCAUUGAAGCCGUGAAAUUACUCAAGGUUCACUUUGAAGUGCACCACCCUAUUCUCGUCUGCACCUACACCAAUGUUGCGGUCGAUAAUCUCGUGGAGGGCUUUGCAGCGGCUGGCGUUAAAACCCUUCGAAUCGGGUUCGGUGCUAAAAUCAAGUCGUCUCUACACGAAUAUACGUUAGAUGCGAAGCUUGAGGCGCAUCCUCUCAGGGUUAAAGUUGAGCAACUUAUGAAAGACCAGGAAAACGUUGAAAAAAAGUUGAGCGCGCUGGAAGACAGAAUCGUUGUGGCUGAAAAACAGAAUAGUCAAAAACUCGGCAGGAUGCGGAGUGCGUUGACCGUAAUGGAGAGGCAACUGUUGGCGCUAAGAGCGAAACUGUAUGCACUUCAUCAGGAAAUGCUCAACGAUAUCACGGCUGCGGCUGACGUGAUUUGCACGACGUGCAUCACAUCCGCCAGUGCCGCACUUAAUAUUCUGGACUUUCCUGUUGUGUUCUUGGACGAGGCCUCGAUGUCGACGGAACCAGCGUCGCUGAUUCCUUUGAUGCGAGGAUCGCAGCAUGUUGCCUUGAUCGGGGAUCAUAAACAAUUACCGCCCGUUAUCGCUAGUCGGGAAGCGCAACUCAACGGCCUUGGGAUCAGUUUAUUUGAGAGACUUACUGAAGAAGGAGUUGUUCCAUCAAUCAUGCUUGACGUGCAGUACAGGAUGCAUCCUUCCAUUUCUAGAUUUCCCUCAUUAGAGUUCUAUGACUUUGCGUUACAAGACGGGACUGUGGACUCUGCUGGUAACAUACAUCCGAUGCUUCUACCUCCGCUGUCAAGUCACCUCGAGGAAAAUAUUCUCACUGGUCACCGCCCCUCUGUCGUAUUUAUUGAUCACGGGGGUGCGGAAACUUCCAAGGACCGCAGUAGGGUAAACUGGAAUGAGGCUCACAUUGUUUGCAGUAUCGUUGAAGACUUGCUGUUGCAAAAUGAGAACUUGCUAGGAACGAACAUAGGCGUCAUUGCGCCGUAUGCCGCCCAGAUUUCACUAUUGAAUCGCCUCCUAAACACCGAUGCCAAGUACCGCAAGCGCUUUGAAUCCACUCUUGGGGACCAUCGAAUGAUGCAGCUAAGUAGUAUCGAAGUGAAGACGGUGGACGGGUUCGAAGGACGCGAAAAGGACGUUAUCGUGUUUUCGACUGUGCGAAAUAAUGCGUCGGGGUAUAUUGGGUUCCUUGCUGACCGGCGUCGAUUAAAUGUUGGGUUGACGCGUGCGAAGAGGGGGCUGUUCGUUGUUGGAAGUAUCAGUACGUUGAAGGCUGGGAAGAUGUCUGGAGGUGAGAGUCCUGGCAGGGUAGGUAAAGGAGCUGAGGCUUGGAGAAGAUAUGCGAAGUAUCUCGUGGAGGAAAAGAUGGUUGUGACCCUUAGCGGAGAUAGAUUGAGGGGGAUGCUGUACGGACAGGCGCUGUCGACGUAA